GUCAUGAUCAUUUCCUAUAAUCCUGAUUACAACAUUACUUUCCUAAUGAAGUAGCUCUAGUUUUCUUCACUACGCUUUUUGUGGUUCAUCUUCAGCAUUUAACUCUGCCAUCUACAAAGGCAAAAGUGGAAAAACAACAGGUGAAUGUGUAUGAUUAAGCCAGGCAAAAAUGGAGUUGAAAUACUAAAAGAAAAUCAUGAUUAUCUGAUGAUGAUGAUUGUUUAGAAACGGAAGAAAUCAAAAAACAAGAAUCAAUUUAUACAUCCUCCAUAAUCCCUCGGAAUCGUAUGCCAUUGCUUUCCUUGUUCCGUGGAAUGACUUAUGUUAUUAGUUGCAUUGCUAUCUUAGCAGUAGAUUUUCACAUUUUUCCCAGAAGAUUUGCAAAAGCUGAAGUGUAUGGUACAGGUCUCAUGGACACUGGAGUUGGCUUUUUCAUUGUUUCAAAUGGCAUUGUUAGCCCAGAAGCGAGGGGAAAGUAUCGAUACUGUAACACCCUUAUGGAUAAGCUUGAAAAUAUGAGAAAAGCAGUGAUUUCAUCAUGGCCAUUAUGGAUGAUUGGCUUUUGUAGGAUAAUAUUUAUUAAAUUACUUGGAUACCAGGAACAUGUUUCAGAAUAUGGUGUUCACUGGAAUUUUUUCUUCACUAUUGCAGUUGUGAAAGUUUUGUCAACAUUCAUACUUUCAUUCAUAAGUAUUACAUACUGUAUUCCAUUGUCUAUGUCAUGUAUUAUGUUGUACCAAUAUUUAUUAUCCUAUUCUCCCAUUAAUCUAACAUCUAUAAUUUUAAAUGAAGAUAGGAAUGGGUUUUUAAUGGCUAAUAAAGAAGGCAUAUGCUCGUGUAUUGGUUUCCUAUCACUGUAUUUUGCUUCUGUUCAAAUUGGCGUUUUCUUAUUUCAAGGAAAUAGAACCAACGUUGUGUCGUGGUUUAUUGUCCUGUGUCAAAUCCUUACUGAUUGAUAUUAUAUUAUGGACUUUGACAAUGCUAUCUUUCCGACUAUGUGCAACCUGUAUCACGUAGGUUUGCAAACCUUGCUUAUGUCUUAUGGAUAUUAGCUCUUUGCUUCCAGUUUGCAGUAAUUAGUCUUUGCUUAAUUUUUUCUUCAUUGUUUUGUAUAAAUUGGAACAAAUUGCCAGUCGAAUCUAUGCCAGGACAGUGGGUUCUGUUGGAAAAGAAAAAUCUUGGAAAAGCAAAUGUUAAAUAUGAUCCUCCAACUCCACCAUUUUGUUUGAUAACAGCUGUAAACAGGAAUCUAUUUGUGUUUUUCUUAACAUCUAAUAUUUGCACAGGUUCAAUUAAUUUUAUAUUUGAUACUAUGAGAUUGCCUGACGAGUAUGCUUUGAUUAUCCUAUCUGUGUACACAUUUGUCAAUCUACUUUUUAUAUGGAUUUUACAUACAAAGCAAAUCAACCUGAAAUUUUGGUGAUUUUUGCAAGUUUGCUUGGAAAGUUAAUAUGCUGAUGUGCAGUUCAUUUUAUAUUGCAAUAUGUGCCUUGCAUGUAAUGCAUUUUUUACCAACAUCUCUAGACUCUAGUAUGACAUUCCAUCGAGAUAGCAUACCAGGCAUUUAAUUGUCAUAAAUGGCAUAGGGCUGUUACCUAUGUUAAUUCCAUUAGAUUGAUAUUUUCUUAGGGUUUGGACAAUGUGUUUUGUGCAAAAGAUCAUUACUGUCAUCAAUACUGUUAAAUUUGUAGGCAUUGUUUGUGUGCGUCCUGUAGAGUUAUGUCCAUUACAAAUCACUCGGCGAAAUAUUAGCAAAGGUUCUAUCUUGUUAUUGCCCUAUUGCUAAUUAUCUGAUCUGUUUUCUUCAGCACUGUUUACCUUGGAUUAGGACAAGUUAAGUUGUAUUAUUGCCCUACCCAAUUAAAUAAAACAGAUUAGUAAUUAGUGGCCAUGCAAUAACAAGAUAGUCCAUUUACAAAAAUCUGUGUCAACUUUUAUACUUAUAUUAUAAUGUUGAAUCUAUUUUCCUAGUUUUAUACAUGUUCAUGUUUGAUAAAACAUCUAUGAUUCUAUGUGAUUGGCCAAACACAAUCUGUUGUUCAAACAAAAUCUUUCAACAAGACUUAACUUAGUGUAUGACACUGUAGUUCAUUUAAUGUUUAUUAAUCGGAAUAUUAUGUUUUUUAUUCUUGUUUUUAG